GACUCGCACUGCACCCCCUGUGCAUAAGAGUAAAUUCUGCGAGAUUAAGCAACAGGAGUCAAGCUGACAUUGCAUCAUUUGCAUACUUGAAAAAUAGCCAUGAAGUUCCAUAAAUCCAUUGCUGUUCUUGCUUUCCUUUUCUUCGUACUAUGUAUUGUUCCUCCAAUUAUUACUGACCUCAACUCUGAUAGACAAGCUCUCCUUCAAUUUGUUGCCGCUGUCCCACAUGCCCGAAAACUUAACUGGAAUGCUACUACCUCAGUUUGCUCUUCUUGGUUUGGGAUCACUUGUAAUGUGAAUGGAACUCAAGUUGUUGGCAUUCAUCUUCCUGGAGUUGGACUCACUGGCCCCCUCCCAGCCAACAGUUUGGAAAAGCUUAAUGGUCUCCAGGUCCUUAGUCUCCGGUCCAACUAUCUCAGUGGAAAUCUUCCUUCUGGUAUCACCUCCAUUCCCUCCCUCCAAUACCUUUACCUCCAGCAUAACAGCUUUUCAGGUGCCUUUCCUGAAACUAUAUCUCCCCAGCUCAUGGUAUUGGAUCUUUCCUUUAACUCCUUCACUGAAAAAAUCCCACAAAUAAUCAAGAAUCUAACACGACUUAAUGUGCUCAACCUUCAAAAGAAUUCCAUCUCUGGAGCUAUUCCCCCACUCAAACUCCCCAGGCUCAAGACUUUGAAUUUGAGCUAUAACAACUUAAUUGGCUCAAUUCCUAGCUCCCUUCAAAAGUUCCCUGAUUCAUCAUUUGUUGGCAACUCUCUACUAUGUGGGUUACCUCUAAAGAGUUGCUCCUCAAUUUCCUCUUCUCCUGCUCCUUCUCCAGUUUACUUUCCUACCCCCACAACUAUUACCCCACAUCAACAUGCUUUGAGCAGCAAGAAACUUAGUUCAGGAUCUAUCAUUGCAAUAGUUAUUGGGGGCUGUGCUGUGCUGUUUCUCCUGCUAGCAAUGUUCUUUGUGUGCUGCUUGAAGAAGAGAGAUAGCGAAGAUGGUGGUGUGCUGAAAGGAAAGGUCUCUAGCAGUAGGAAUGGUGAGAAGCCUAAGGAAUUUGGAAGUGGAGUGCAAGAAGCAGAGAAGAACAAAUUGUGUUUCUUUGAAGGUUGUCCUUAUAAUUUUGAUCUCGAGGACUUGUUGAGGGCUUCAGCUGAAGUUCUUGGUAAGGGAAGUUAUGGAUCAACUUAUAAGGCUAUUUUGGAGGAUGGGACAGCAGUGGUAGUUAAAAGGUUGAAGGAAGUGGGAGCCAGUAAGAAGGAGUUUGAGCAGCAAAUGGAACUUAUAGGCAGGAUUGGACAGCAUUCAAAUGUGGUUCCAGUCCGAGCUUAUUAUUAUUCAAAGGAUGAGAAGCUUUUAGUCUUCAACUACAUGCCCUCUGGCAGCCUGUUCUUGCUCUUGCAUGGAAGUAGGAUAGAAGGAGGAAGUCCAUUGGAUUGGAAUUCAAGAGUGAAAAUUGCACUUGGGACUGCCAGGGGUCUUGCCCACAUCCAUAAUUAUUCUGAGAAUAAUGGUAGUGUUAAAUUCAUCCAUGGGAACAUCAAGUCCUCCAAUGUCCUCCUCACCCAAGACCUUGAUGGCUGUAUCUCUGAUGUUGGUUUGGCUCCUCUAAUGAACUAUUCCCCUGCAACAAAGCCCCGAAAAAUAGGGUACCGUGCUCCAGAAGUAAUCGAAACACGCAAAGUGUCUCAAAAAUCAGAUGUUUAUAGCUUUGGUGUGCUCCUGCUUGAAAUGUUGACAGGCAAAGCCCCACUUCAACACUCAGGACAUGAGGAUGUGGUUGAUCUCCCCAGGUGGGUUCGUUCUGUGGUGCGAGAAGAAUGGACAGCUGAAGUGUUUGAUGUUGAACUCGUGAGGUACCAAAAUGUUGAAGAGGAGAUGGUGCAGAUGCUUCAAAUUGGAUUGUCAUGUGUUGCAAAAGUGCCCGAGAUGCGUCCGAAAAUGGAUGAAGUUGUUAGAAUGAUGGAGGAAAUUCAACAGCCUGCGUUGAAGAACCGCACAUCGUCUGAAGCUGAAUCAAAUGUCCAAACUCCAUGAUCAAAUUAGAGAAAUCCCCAUUUGAAUUCUAAAAGCUUAGUUUGCCCAACAACAACUAAGUAAUGAACAUUUAUGUGUUAUCGUAAAAUUCAUUGAAUCACGGAAGUUAGUUUGGAAA